UCCAUAGCAGCAUCGGCUCACCUAAUAAGCUCUUCUUGCUCUAGAGAUUUUCUCAUGGGGAACAUAACCAAGAGGGGAAGCAGAGACCUGGUAGCUGACAGUACCAUACUGCUGGAAGACAGCUUAGUGGCUGCACUGCACUCUAGACUUUAUGAGGCCAUAAUCAAGGAAGAUUGUAACACAAUCAAGACACUCCUAAGAGACUACCCUGUCAACCAGCCCUUGACCAUCCCGGCCAAACCCACUAGCUACAGACGACUUCUGAGCCAGCAACAGACUUACACUAUACUCCCCAUCCAUCUGGCCGCUGAAUACUGCAAGCCACAAAGUUUGCUUUGCUUGUUACAACAUGGGGCUGACCCAGAAGUAAGGGAUGAUCAAGGCUUCACCACUCUUCACCAGAUGCUGCUAAACUGGCCAAUCACUUCUGCCUCAUGGGCCAAACCAAACACUGAGAUCCAAAAGAUCCUGGCAGACAUUCAGAACAAUGCUGUCAUGUGCCUGCGCAUUUUGUGUGAACAUGGAGCUCAAGUUAAUGCCCCGGUAGGCGACAGAAAAAAACAUUCACCCCUCCACCUGGCCAUAACUUAUGGGACCUAUCCAAUUCUCUCUCUUUUGGCCCAAAAUGGUGCCCAGGUCAAUGCUAUUAACAAGGCCAGCAUGACACCCCUCCACAUGGCUGCAGAAAAACUGGACAAAAAUAUGGUGGAGACACUUAUUGCCUGUGGGGCCAACGUGAACUGCACCGUCUCAUCUACUGGAAGCACAGCUCUAAAACUAGCAGUGUGCACAGCGUCAAGCAAAGCUGGCCAACUGCUGGCAGCAGGGGUGGACUGCAUCCGUCUGCUGCUAAAUCAUGGAGCCCAAGUCAAUGCCCAAGAUCAUGAGGGCCAUACAGCUCUGCACAAGGCAUGUUUUGGAGGCAGAGAGGUAAUAAUCAAUCUCUUGCUGGAAUUCGAAGCAAAUGCUAACAUUUUAACAAGAAAUGGGGAAUCUCCAAUUUAUAUGUACCUUCAGCGCGGUUCUAAUAUCAGAAAUGAAAUGCUUCUGGCUAGGCUACUUUAUCAUACCUACCCUUUAAAGCUGACCAAUAAGCAAGGGAUUCUACCUGCAGGAAUCAUGCAACCAGAAUUCCAGUUUUUAAGGGAAACUUUAAUAAAUUUAACAAAAAACCCUUUAUCCUUAGAGGAUAUCUGUAAGAGAAACAUCAGAAAUGUUUUUGGUGAGAGGUACAAAUUCUACCUGAAGCAACAUCUCCCUGGGAAGCUAUGGAACUCCAUAUACAUCUUUUAUGAUUUCGACUACCUCUUGAAAUAAGAACUCCACAUCCUCAGUGCCAGAGAACCACAACAACUCAAACUGUGUUUUCUGGCUAGGCAUGUACUAGAAAACAUUUGAACUUCACUUUACAUUGCAAAAAAUUAAAGUGGCUUGCACAUAUUAA